CAUGCAUCGACCGAUCAUUUACAAUUUCGAAUAGCCGUGAGAGAUGCUGUCCGAUUCGUUUUGCAGAACAGGGCGACUAUCGCCGAUUCUGCAGAUGGUGUCGUAUCCCUGCAAAUGUGGUACCGUCUCUGCACAUCUCACCGACCAGCGAAGCCACCUGCUCUCCUCCUUGAAGGGGAGGGAUCUAGUUCCUUUGGGCCAAACCUCCUUCCAGAUGUCACUGAGCAUCUCUAUCUCAACUGUAUUUUGGGAAUGAGUGUAGAUGACCUUAUUUAUGACAUCCUUAUCAAGACACUUGAAAUCCGGGCCAAGGUGACGGUGUUUCGUUGCGUAGCAGCAAUCCGCCAGGUCUCUGAGACAUCGAGUGACAUUGGCCCUCUUGCCCAUGAGAUGAUGAAUAAAAUGCUAGGACGAGAAUGUGGACCGGAUGAGUAUGGGGAAGCGCGCGAUAGCUUUGUCCGCGGCUCAAAUCUACUAGGUCUGUUGGAUGUGCAAAAAGAACGCCUGAAGGUGUGGCGAUCUCGACUUAGUCCGGGCCAGUUACAAACACAAUACGGUUCUGUUUCGAGUAUACCAAGCCAAGGGAGCCCUGAAGCUUCACAUUUACUCACCGGCCAUCGAGAUGCCAUGAACGCCUUGUACUGUUUACUGUGCGAAAUGACAUUCGAAGAAGCCAAGCACGCUUUCACAUCGGGCCACAUGUCUACAGUUGUUGGAGUCGAUCCUUCGAAUCCGAUUGCUAACAUGGCUUACAGCGCAUACCAUAUUGCUGAUAGUCUUAAUCUUGCCGUGUCAAAUACGUCGGACGUUUACACGAUGAGUCUAACAGAGGUAUUGCUGCAACUUGUAUUUCUCUGGCGAUCGGAUGAGCUGUUUCACUACAUUCUGGAUAUUCUGUGGCCACGGCUUGAGGCACAUGGGAGGGGAUAUGAGCACUCCCACUACCCUACACAUCUUGCCAAGAGGAUUAUAACUCAAGCUGCAGUAUACUGGGAGCAGGGUCGAGUUGUAAACUUUGCUCUGCCGGCAGUCGCCGAGGACACAUCGAAAUUAGAACUGUUGGAUAUUGACCAUCCGGUGGACCUGGUGGUGUGUGGGUACAACACAGAUGGCAUGUAUUUUAUUGAGAAAGGCCCACUACCUUGAUGUUUCUCUUGAGUCAAUCCAUGCUCCCAGGAC